GCCCGUGCUCUAAAUUGUGAUUUAGCUUUAAAUCACCUCACAACUCUUGAUACACCGUCAAAAAUUUGGUCAAAUCUAAAUAAUCAUUGCAUUGAAAAAUUUGGCAGCUAAAAUUGCAUAAAAAAUAACGCUACCAUUUCAAAUAUAACAUGGGCCAAAACAACAUUGUCAGGUUACCGCAACUGGAACAUGAUGCGAAAUUAUUAUGAUGAUAUUGAUAAACAGAUAGUAAAAAUUAAUAACUUCUGUUUUGUUGAAGAUGAGGUUAAUGAUUCUCAGCCUAUAAGUGAGGAAUCAAGUAAUCAUGAAAGUUCCAAAUUAAAAUCACCUUCGCAAACACUAUUAGCAAGUAUCAAAUUGAAUCCACUUUCACAAUCACCACUAGCAGCUGAUGAAAGUACCAAAGUUAAUAAAAGUACUGAAUUAAAUCCACAUUCACAAUCGCCACUGGCAGCUGAUAAAAGUACUGAAUCUAAUAAAAGUACCAGAUUGAAUCUACCUCUAUCAACAAAAGUACCAACAAAAAAGCUACCAGCAAAAUCACAAGUAAAAUCACCUACAUUAAAGUCAGUAGAAAAAGUACCAAAUGUGGAAGUGGCAGUAGUAGUAGAAUCACCAACUUCAGAGCCAUUAAUUUCAGAAGUAGCAGAUGAAUCUCGAGUACAUAAGUGUGUUGAAGUUUCAGUUUCUUCAGAAAAUGAUAGAGAAAGUGAUCAUGAUGAUAAUAAUGAUAAUGAAACUAUUGUAAAUGAAGAGUUAAAUUCUACUCAGAUGUUUUUGUUUAGUAAGGGAAGAAAACUAUGUGAAAUUUUGCUAGCAAAUGAUGAACAUUUCGUUGCCUCAGAAAAAUCAAAAACUACUGAAAUAUUUACUGCAUUGGCCAAGUUAUCAAAAUUUGAAACAAUUAAAGUAGUUGACAAGGAAUCUGCUACUAAAAGGAUAAAUCAAUGGAGAAAUCAGGAAACGUAUUGUGAAAAGCUGCUAAUUGCAGCUGAAUCUUUUAACUUAUUGCAUUUGGUGUCGUUGGUCCAAAUUUAUGAUGAUCUUACAAAGCUUGGUUCAGAAUUAAAAGUUAAAAAUGUAAAAUCUUGGGUUAUUUCGUUCAUGCGAUCUAUACUUAAAAUUGGCAGAAAAGCCGAACAAAGAAAUAGGCUGGGUUGCGAUAGAGAAAAGUGUUUGGUCGAGUCUGAUAAUCCCGCCAUCGAGUUGGAUGAAAAGCGUUCUUCAGAGAUCCAAGAAUUUUGGCAACAGAAAAAACUUCAAAUUUCACUUAAGGAAAAGACUAUAAAAAGCACUGAAAGAAUGAUCAGCCAUAUUAAUACAAUACAGGAUGAAGCAAGCGAUAUUUUAGUUCUUAGCAAGAGGGAUAAUCUAAGACGAUUAAAAUCAGAUCUUGGAGUUGGAGAUAAUAUUGAAAAUGGUGGACUUACGAAAUCCCCUUAUGAAGACCAAGAGUCUGAUGAUGAUUUCAUGCCUGCCCGUCAACCAAAGCGAAAAAAGCCGUUAUCUCUUUCGAAAAAGAAUAAAGAGUCGGUUGGCUCAACUAAGAAAGCCAAAACCAUGAAAGACACGCUAUCCUCAUUACACAGAGUACCAAAACCAUCGUCAUCAGCAGGAGUGACAAAACCAUUUUCAUCAAGCUUAGAAAGCGCAAUUAAUAGUCCCGAACCACGUACUCCGCCUCAUCGAAUUUUUUCGUAUAGUACUUCAUCAGGUUCUUCCGUAUGUAAAGAACAUGGUUCUAAAGAUGACACUUCUGAAGAUGAUCUCCUAAUAAAAUCCCCUGUUGAUAUCACCGUCGAUUGUAAGCUAAUUGUCAAGAAUAUGUGUGUUAGAUCAAAAAUGGAGCAAUGGCAUCGCUCACCGCCUCCGUCAAAGAAAAUCAGACAGAAAAACAUUACAUAA